GUGUUUGUGCCUUGCUGGUUUGUGACGGCGGCUGCAAUGCCUGGGAGUUGGCCUCUUUCAGCUCUGUGGGAGUGAGCCCCGAGCAGAGAUGCGUAGAGGUGCUCUAUCAGUCUCAGAGCAGCAGGUAGAUUGGGAACUCCUGGUAGAUCUCUGGGCAACUUGCAGGGAGGAUUUAGCGGCAUCAGCAUCAAAAUGACUUCCCCUGCUCCGGAUUAGGCUGGUGAAAUGAAGAGAGCUAAGCCAGAAGUUGACUCUGAUGGGAAAGGAUGGUAGGAUCAGUUCCAUUCUGGUCCUGAAAACAAAUCCCUGGACUCGGAACCAGAGCCGGAGCUUGGGCCUCAAAUGUGUUGCACACUGCUUCUCAUGCUUCAUUCUAAAUACCGUAGUGGUUGUGGUGCCCCCAAUACUCUGUGCCCAGUGCAACUGAGCUGGUCAUGCUCCCCUAAAUCUGCCUCUGUCAGAAUGUGCUCAGAAGCAGCCUUUUCUUCCUUAGCACACAAUUUGCUGUUCCGGGAAUCUUUGCCUUGGUGACGGAGCAGCUCAGGGCCCCCUGAAACUUCAAAUCCUCCUGCCUGUCUACAUCCCGAGGAAGCUGGACUUUGGGUGGGGCUGGGCUGGUGAAAGCUGCCCUUGUUUCCUUGCCCUGCUGGCGUCUGUGCCGUAGAGCAACCACAUCUGGGCGUGGGUGGGCUGGUGGCCAGCCCCACCGUCCUCCCCACAGCGCUCUUUGAAGCAGGCCCUGGUGGGGUGGCUGGCGCAGAUGGGACAGAGCAGCAGCAGCAGCAGCAGCGUGGAGCUCCUCCAGCCUCCCUCCUUCCCCCCCAGUUCCUCCCCACAUCACUCUCCUGUGUGCCUGGGGAGCACAUCUGGCACAUGGAAACUGUUGCCGUUUCAGCCCAGGAGAACGAGCGCCAGGCAAAUCCAGCUUCUUUGCACUCAAGAGCCCGAGGUCUUCAAAAAAUGAAGAUGAGGGAUUCCCUGAGCUUACAGAGUCCUUCCUAAGCAAAAGGUAGUCUCUUGAGCACCCCCAACACAUCUGAAGAGGAAGAAGAAGAGUUUGGAUUUGAUAUCCCGCUUUAUCACUACCCGAAGGCGUCUCAAAGCAGCCAACUUUCUCCUUUCCCCUCCUCCCCCACAACAAACACCCUGUGAGACCAGGUGUGACCCUCUCUGCCCCUCGCCACAGCCCUCAUGGCAAAUGUGGAAGACGCGGCCCACGCCAGCCCCAGUGAGUCCGCUGAGAGUCCGGGUGAGGAGGUUUCCCCACAGAACGACUCCUUCCCACUCUCCUCCCUGGCCAACCUGUUUGAGAGUGAGGAUGGCGCCCCCUCAGCCGAGGCUGUGCGAAGCCCCCCAGGAGCCGGGGAUGGAAAGCAGAACCUCCGGAUGAAAUUCCACGGGGCUUUCCGCAAGGGUGUUCCGAACCCCAUGGACCUGCUGGAGUCCACCAUUUAUGAGUCUUCGGUCGUGCCAGGACCCAAGAAAGCCCCCAUGGACUCCCUCUUUGACUACGGCACUUACCGCCAUCACCCGAGUGACAACAAGCGGAGGCGCAAGAAGGCCCUGGAGAAGAAACCCCCCAGCACCAAGGGGCCUGCCCCCCACCCGCCGCCCAUCCUCAAGGUGUUCAACCGGCCCAUCCUCUUCGACAUCGUCUCCCGGGGCUCCACCGCCGACCUGGACGGGCUCUUGCCCUUCCUGCUGACCCACAAGAAACGCCUGACAGAUGAGGAGUUUCGAGAGCCCUCCACUGGCAAGACCUGCCUCCCAAAGGCCCUGCUGAACCUGAACAAUGGCAAGAAUGACACCAUCCCAUUCCUGCUGGACGUCGCGGAGAAGACAGGCAGCAUGCGGGAGUUCAUCAACUCGCCCUUCCGGGAUGUCUACUACCGAGGCCAGACCGCACUGCACAUUGCGAUUGAGCGGCGCUGCAAGCACUACGUGGAGCUGCUGGUGGAGAAGGGGGCAGACGUCCAUGCACAAGCCCGGGGGCGCUUCUUCCAACCCAAGGAUGAGGGCGGCUACUUCUAUUUCGGUGAGCUGCCCCUCUCCUUGGCGGCUUGCACCAACCAGCCGCACAUUGUCCACUACCUGACCGAGAACACCCACAAGCAGGCCGACCUGCGGCGCCAGGACUCUCGUGGCAACACAGUGCUCCACGCCCUGGUGGCCAUCGCAGACAACACUCGCGAGAACACCAAGUUUGUCACCAAGAUGUAUGACCUCCUCCUCAUCAAAUGCGCCAAGCUCUUCCCGGAGACCAACCUGGAGGCCCUGCUGAACAAUGACGGCCUGUCGCCGCUGAUGAUGGCUGCCAAGGCGGGCAAGAUUGGGACCUUCCAGCACAUCAUCCGGCGGGAGAUCAAGGACGAAGACGCUCGGCACCUCUCCCGCAAGUUCAAGGACUGGGCCUAUGGCCCUGUCUACUCCUCCCUCUACGACCUCUCCUCUCUGGACACCUGUGGGGAGGAGGUAUCGGUGCUGGAGAUCCUGGUGUACAAUAGCAAGAUGGAGAACCGCCAUGAGAUGUUGGCCGUGGAGCCCAUCAACGAGCUGCUUCGGGACAAGUGGCGGAAGUUUGGGGCCGUUUCAUUCUACAUCAGUGUGGUCUCCUACCUCUGUGCCAUGAUCAUAUUCACCAUGGUGGCCUACUACCGCCCCCUGGAGGGCACUCCCCCAUACCCGUACACCACCACCACUGACUAUCUGCGUCUUGCCGGGGAGAUUGUCACACUCUUCACGGGUGUCCUCUUCUUCUUCACCAACAUAAAAGACCUCUUCAUGAAGAAGUGCCCCGGGGUGAAUUCCUUCUUCAUUGAUGGCUCCUUUCAGUUGCUCUACUUCAUCUACUCGGUCCUGGUGUUAGUGGCAGCUGCCCUGUACCUGACGGGCAUCGAAGCCUACCUGGCUGUCAUGGUCUUUGCCCUGGUCUUGGGCUGGAUGAAUGCCCUCUACUUCACCCGCGGCCUCAAGCUGACUGGGACCUACAGCAUCAUGAUCCAGAAGAUCCUGUUCAAGGACCUUUUCCGCUUCCUGCUCGUCUAUGUGCUUUUCAUGAUUGGCUACGCGUCUGCGCUGGUCUCCCUGCUGAACCCCUGCCCCAGCAGCGAGGCCUGCAACGAGGAGCACUCCAACUGCACAGCCCCUGCCUACCCUUCCUGCCGGGACAGCAAGACCUUCAGCAAUUUCCUCCUGGACCUCUUCAAGCUGACCAUCGGAAUGGGGGACCUGGAGAUGAUCGAGAAUGCCAAGUACCCUGGGGUCUUUGUCAUCCUCCUUGUCACCUACAUCAUCCUCACCUUCGUCCUUUUGUUGAACAUGCUGAUCGCCCUCAUGGGGGAGACUGUGGGGCAGGUGUCCAAGGAGAGCAAGCAGAUCUGGAAGUUGCAGUGGGCUACCACCAUUCUGGAUAUUGAGAGGUUCUUCCCCGUGUUUGUCAGGAAAGCCUUCCGCUCCGGAGAGAUGGUCACCGUUGGGAAGUCCUUGGAUGGGACGCCGGACCGGAGGUGGUGUUUCAGAGUGGACGAGGUGAACUGGUCUCACUGGAACCAGAACUUGGGCAUCAUCAAUGAGGACCCUGGCAAGAACGACACUUACCAGUACUAUGGCUUUUCCCACACAGUGGGCCGCCUCCGCAGAGAUCGGUGGUCCACCGUGGUGCCACGGGUGGUGGAGCUGAACAAGAACUCGCAGCCGGAUGAGGUGGUGGUUCCCCUGGACAGCAUGCGCUCCCCUGCAGCAAAUGAGCACAAGCCCAGCUACCCCCAAAGUUGGAGGAAGGAGGACUCCCACAUCUAAUGGAUGCGCGAGGAGCAGGAGCAGAGGGAGCUGGACUCUGGACUAGGAUCAAGAAGCUGCAAGUGCUUGGCCGGCACAGCACCAGCUUGGACCCUGUGCGGAGGGAGCUUCCUCUUGCUCCUGCACCUUCCCGUGAGGGUCCUGCUUCUAGUCUGCAGAAUGUGGCCCACCUGCCUCCUCCAGAGCAGCGUGCAGGGGGGGUGAGCCUUCCCCAGGUUAUCAACGCAGAGGCACAUCUUUAUGGGUUUGCUUUUGAACACAAAAAACAGGGUUGUCACAAUACCAAAUUAUGCGCCGGUGGGUGGAAGCUGCAGAGGCUGGUGACUGGGAACAUCGUCCUGUGCGGUCAGGCUUCGAGCUCCAUGACGCUGACGUUACAGGAGGCAGGGUGGCAACGGGGACUCUUGCGGGGGCUGUUUGAAGUGGCCAGUGACUCCUGGAGUGGCUCUUUGCAUCCAAGCAGGCUCUCAAUUCAGGGUUAACUUCUGUGAUGAUGAGCUGGGGCAAAUGGCCCAAGGGCUGCUGCAUUUCUUACUCCACAUAGUUUUAUUUUGCACAAGGUUUUAUCUGAUUAUUUAUUUAGUAAUAAAAGCAAAGU